AUGACAAGAGAAGAAGGCCGUACGUAUUUUGAAUCUCUUUGUGAGGAAGAACAAAGUUUGCAGGAAAGCCAAACCAACUUAUUGAAUAUUUUAGAUAUAUUGUUGGCAUUGGCAAACCCUAAAUCAUCAGAUGAUCUGCUUACUGAAUCGCUCAAGAAGCUACCUGAUUUACAUAGAGAGCUGAUCAAGAAUUCCAUUCGUCUGCGAUACAAUAAAUAUCAAACGAGAGAAGCACAGCUUUUCGAAAAUGCAGAAACCGGAAGGGACAUUACAGCAGGGGUACAGAACCGUAAGAGCGUUAGCGAGUACUACUCUACCUUCGAACAAUUGAAUAAGGAUACCUUAAGGUACAUCAACUUGCUGAAAAGGCUUUCUGUUGAUUUAGCCAAACAAGUGGAAGUGCCUGAUCCAUCAGUGACGGUGUAUGAUGUGGAUAAAUGGGUUCCAUCUGAGAAACUACAAGGUAUACUUGAACAAUACUGUGCUUCUGACACCGAUAUACGUGGUGUGGAUGCCCAGAUCAAGAACUACCUAGAUCAAAUCAAGAUGGCACGUGCUAAAUUUGGUUUAGAGAAUAAAUAUUCUUUAAAGGAAAGGCUCUCUAUCCUGACUAAGGAACUGAAUCAUUGGAGGAAGGAGUGGGAUGAUAUAGAAAUGCUUAUGUUCGGAGAUGAUGCACAUUCCAUGAAGAAAAUGAUCCAGAAGAUAGAUUCAUUAAAGUCCGAAAUAAAUUCACCAUCUGGAAGCAGUCUUGUAGAUGCAGAGGGCGAUAUAGUUGUAGAGUGA